AUGACGCAGGAGGAAGACGUGAAGAUGGACGGGCGAUCCUCGAGAGGUCCUUCGCGCUCUCGCGAACCGUCCCGCUCCAGAGAGCGGUCGCCGCGGCAAGAUAGAUCGCUCCCCCGCGACGGAGAACUCCGCGAAAGCGCCGGCAACGGCGACGAUCGUCGAGCGGGAAGCAUGGAUCGCAGAAGCAGGUCGCGCUCCUACCGUUCUCCGCGGAGGUCGGAAUCCAGGAGCUCCUCCAAGAACGGCCGGCGGAACUCCCGUUCUGCAAGCCGAUCUCGCGAAGGCACGCGCCACCCUGAUGGAUAUUGGACCGACGGCAAGGAGGCUUUCAUUCUGAACAUCGCGGACGAAGAUGCGUCUUUCAUUCUCGGCUCCGGCGGGCGAACGAAACGCAAGCUGAGCCACGUGUGCGGCGCGGAUCUGAACAUUCUCGAGAGGGAUGGUCGCACCGUUCUCGAAAUCCGCGGCACUCCAGACACCAUCGACAGGGCGAAAAUGUACAUCGGCUUCGUUAUGCAGCAGCGCGUGGGUCCCGUGGCGCUGCCACCGGACGCAGAGAAGAGAGAUGAUUUGACUAUCAUCCAUGUGCCGCACGAGUGCGUUGGCUACGUGACCGGUCGAAAGGGAGCAGGGCUUCGCAGCGUCGAGGAAGAAUGGAACACUUUGAUGUUCUUCACUGAUCUCCGCUCCAAGGAGGCGGGUGAAACCGAAAAGCUGGCUAUCUUUGGAGAGAUGCGAGCACGCCGAGGAUCCGAGUUGAAGGUGAUGAGCGCCGUAGAGCAGAAGAUGCCUGGCUACUUCAUCAAGGACGACGAGGAGCAUUUUUCGAACAACCCUGAUUUCGAUACUGACCGCAUUCCCAUCAAGCUGGAGGACUACUCUUACGCUCUCGGUCAGCGCGGAAGCACCAGAAAGAAGCUCGCGCGCGCGUCAGGCGCCAUCCUGGAAUACGUCGGUCGGCAUGCGUAUAUCGCAGGAACAUUGGCAGAGCGAACGCGCGCGCGCCAGUACCUCCAGUGGCUGUGCGCGCAGAGGACGUCGUACGUCCACGUGGAAACUGAUGGACGCGACGACUGCGAUGUUGUCUCACUUCCGGUGGACGCCGUCGCGUACGUGACUGGGAGCAAGGGCAGCAACUUGCGUCGUGCGGAGGAGGAGACGGGCACGUUCAUCUUCCUCGACGGGUCGCGGGGAGGCAGAGAUGAGCGUCUGCUUAUUUUCGGCUGGAAUGCGGAGGCCCGAUCGCGAGCCAGACAGAAGAUCCUUGCUCGCGUCGACGAGAAGAUGUCUGGCCGCGCGAGACCCAUUGGUGCCGCUCAGGGUCGUUACCGAUCUCGCAGCCCGCGGUACGACCGCCGCUACGGCGGCUACGAUGACUACCGAGGAGGAUAUGGAAGCGGCUAUGGCAGCAGUUAUGGAGGCCGCGAUUCAGGCGGACGGGGCUACUACGGAGGACGUGGAGGCGGCAGUUACCAUGGCGGCCGCGACCGAUCGCCGAGCAGAGAUGGAUACCACGGAAGAAGUCGAUCUCGCGAUUACUACAGCCGUGGAGGCCGCGACCGCUCGCGGAGCUACGAUAACUACGACAGCUACCGCGGAAGCGGCAGCGGACGGGAUCGCCACAGGAGCUACAGCCGUGAGCGAAGGUACUCACAGGAACGAAGUGGCUACCGUGACACGAGAGACACUCGUGAUAGAUACAGGCGAUAG